GCAUGGAAAGUCCUCCAACCAUGCGUACGUUUACCCAAACGGGUACAAUAUCAAUAGGGCCUUCGCUGGCCCGAUGUUGUCGGUCGCUCGGGCCCUAACAAUGAGCACCAACACACCGAGGCAGCCGUCCGCGGCGCCAUCUUAGCAGUCAAGUGGAUACGCACACAGUGGGYGGCCCUCUGUGGAUACGCSCGCACACAGUGGGCGGCCCUCUGCGGAUACGCCCGCACACAGUGGGCGGCCCUCUGCGGAUACGCCCGCACACAGUGGGCGGCCCUCUGCGGAUACGCCCGCACACAGUGGCUGGCCCUCUGCGGAUACGCCCGCACACAGUGGCCGGCCCUCUGCGGAUACGCCCGCACACAGUGGCCGGCCCUCUGUGGAUGUGAUGUUAUCUGUGUAGUCAGUCGCUGUCCUCUGAUCCUGGAUCAGUUCGUGAACAUAACAUCAGGUUAAUGUGGAUCAAUGAUGAUGAUCAGACUUCAGUUCCAGGAAACAAUCUAUAAUUCAUUAUUAAUGAUCUUCAUCAACCGGUAAACAUUGAUGUGUUUUGUGUUGAAGGACAUGCCGUUCACCUGUGAGGGAAUCACACCAGACAUCAUCAUCAACCCUCACGCCAUCCCUUCCAGAAUGACAGUCGGCCAUCUGAUCGAGUGUCUGCAGGGCAAGGUUUCUGCGAACAAAGGUGAGAUUGGCGACGCAACACCGUUUAACGACGCAGUCAAUGUGCAGAAAGUGUCGAACCUGCUGUCUGAAUACGGAUACCACCUGAGAGGAAAUGAGGUGACUCUCACUGUUUAGUUCCUGUUUAACUCAAACACUUGUGUGUGUGUGUGAUGUCACUGUGAUUCAAUGGACUGAACGUUCAGUCAUGAUCAUCAUCAGUAGAGAGUAUUAUUUAUGUUUCAUUGAAGAUGAUUAGUUUAAAGAGAUAGUUCAGGUGUUUUGAGGUGGGGUUGUAUUCAUGAAGUACUUAAACUCAGGGUAUUACCUCCAGUAGAUGAGUUCACACUUUGAGACUGUAACCGAUCGCGUCACACUUUGAGACUGUAACCGAUCGCGUCACACUUUGAGACUGUAACCGUUCAGGCAGCGUCGGAAAUACACGAGGGCAAAGGGCAAAACUGCCCCUAAGAAAUAUAAUUUUGCCCCUG